AACAACUUUCAUCAUUUUGUGGUGGUCUGCUGGGUUGUGUUUAUAUCAGGAUACUUACUGUACUUAAAUCAAAUCUUUAAUCUCUUAUUAUUUUAAAUAACUUGAAUCUAUAAUGCAAACUACAAAAUUGUUUUCUUGCAUAAACCUUAUUGGUAGAAGUGUUUCAAGUCCAUUUGCCCAUCAAUUGUGUCGUAUUACUACUUCUUCAAAAGCUACAAAGUCUUUUAAAAUUCAAGAUGAAAAAGAUUUUGAUGAGAGAGUAAAGAAAAGUAAAACUCCAGUUAUUGUCGACUUUUUUGCAACAUGGUGCAACCCCUGCAAAGCUUUGACUCCGAGAAUAGAAUCAGUGGUGGCUGAGAAGGAAGGGAAAAUUGUCUUGGCCAAGGUGGACAUUGAUGAACAAGAGAAGUUGGCAGAUGACUAUGAUAUAAAAACUGUACCUGUACUUCUUGUGAUGAGGAAUGGAAAAGUUGAGGACAAAUUAGUGGGUUUACAAGACACAGACAAACUUCACAAGUUCAUUGAUCAAGUCAUUGCAAAGUAAACAACCCGGUUUAUGGAGUGAGGAGAGUCUUUUAUAGAGAAAACUAUUACCACCAUGUGAAAAUUAAUUUAUUCCAUGUAAAUUUUUUAGAAAUAUAAUAAUUUAUAAUUUCA